AUGGCUUUAAAAAUUUUGUUGCAAGACGAUGACAAAGAAUAUUUAGAAAUGGUUGAUGUAGAUGAAACUGGGAAAAUUAUUUUAAAUAAAAUUAAGCAAAGAGUUGACAAAGAACAUAAGAAAAUUAAACGAAUCAAAACAAGCAGAGGUGUUAAUCCAAAGACGAACGAUGAAGAAAUCAUAUCGGCUAAAUCUAUUUUUGACGUUGAUCCUGAAAAAACAUCUACAUCAUCCGGUAAGCGGCGGGCUAUUGGUUUCAUUAUGACUUCAAGUGAUGAAGACAAUGAACCUGGUAAAAUAAGAGUUGUGCCAAGAAAAAAAAAUAAAAAUCAGACGCAAAGUGACUAUGAUGAAUUCUCAGCGAUGGGUGAUGUCAGUGAAAAUGAAGAAAUUAUAACCAAUGUAAAACCAAGUUUCAUCGAAGAAACUGGAAGAACCCAAAUAGGCAGAAACGUUGAUCGACCAAUGAAUCUUGACCAGAAUCGAUUUUCUAAAUCCUAUUUUGGAGCUAAUUUCCGUAAAGUAUCUUCAUUAACCGGCAAACGAAGAGCUAGCAGUCCAAUAAUUUCUUCAAGUGAUGACAACAGUGAUUCUGAUGGAGUGAGAGCUUUACCAAAAGAAGACAGUAAAUACUGGAUGAGAGAUAAUCAUGAAAAAUCUUCAGAGAGAAUUGAUGUCAAUAAAAACGAAAAACUUUCUUACAAGAUCAGACCGAAUCUUGACGAAGAAAAUGAAAGACUCGAUGCAAACAGAAAUGUUCGUCAGCCAAUAAAUCGUGAAGAAUAUCAAUCCUCCAGAUCAUAUUUUAAAACAAAUUUUGGGAAGAUAUCUUCCUUAACCGUCCAGUCAAAAUUUAGAGAUGAAAUAGUGAAAUCUAGUGAUGAAGAGAAUGACUCUGACGAAGCAAUAGUUGAUCAAGAUUAUGACAAAGCAUUGAAGAAACUUAACGUGAAUGAAGAUAAAAAAAUGGCCUCUAGCAAUGUGACAUCAAAUGUCGAAACUGGCAAAGAAAAAUUCAAAUCAAAAAGAAAGAUUCAUCCUCUAAUAAAUGAUGAAGAGACGGCUUUAUCGAGAUCCUCUUUUACAGCUAAUUACAACAAAUUAUCUUCUUUAACUGUUAAACAGAAAGCUAGUCACCCAAUAUUUACAUCUAGUGAUGAAGAUAAGGACUCAAAUGAAACUGAAGUUAUACCAAAAAAAAAUGUUGAAAAAUCUACAAAAAUUGUUGACGUUCAUUUUGAGCGUCCAAGUUUAAAAAUAAAAAAUAUAACCGCCCGAAAAGACAGACAAUAUGAUUCAUCAGUGAAUAAUGAAAAAAUUUUAUUCAGUCGACCUAAAUUCAAUACUGAUUUACAAAUAUCAAUACCGUCAACCUCCCAGAACCCUAAAACAAAUAAAACUGACGAUCUGAAAAAACUAACUACUCUAUCUACUAAGAUGAACACUAACAGAUUAUUAGAUUAUGCAACUGAUGAGGAUACCGAACAUGAUGACAUACAAAUAAAAAAUAGCAAAGUUUUCGUUAAAGAGAAUAGAAAUAUUGAACCAAUUUUACAAAAAAAUAAACUCCAAACGCGUCUUGUCCAAUAUUCAAUUUCCUCAGAAGAUUCUAGUGACAAUGACAAUGAUACUCAAGAUAAAAAUCUUUCUAAAAUAGGCUUUGAUAUCAAAGAAGUAGGAAUCAUUGACAAAACAAAUAAUACAAACAAUGAAUUAACGAAAGAAAGCAACAACGAUAAUAAUCUAAAAGAUAAAAAGCAAAAACUUCAAGAAAAAAAUUUGUCUAUCCAUUCUCUCAAUUCUUUUGAAAACAAAAUAAAUUCAAGCUUAAAAGCUUCAAGAAAUAGGAAACAGAAAAUAACACCAACAAAUGGAAAAUCCUCUAAAAUAGUUGAUGACUCAAAUGAUGAUGAAGUGUCCAUGGAGGAUUUGAAACUCUUUAAACAAUUUUUGCAAUUUAAACGUAGUAAUGAACGACAACUAGUGAAGUCGUCUGGGCAUACAAAACAAAAAAAAAUAGUAAAUACAAAAAAGGAGGUCGAGUUAAUCGAGGGAUCGAAUAUCAUGGUUAGUGAAUAUCGGUUGCUAAUGAUCACUAAAUGCAAUACUAAAAAGGCAGGUCAAAUGAUACGAGACUUAUUCAGGCUGGUACUCGGAGAAGAGAAACUUUCGCGGAUGGUUCCCCUGAAGCAAAAGGAAGGCAGGGAAUUAAUUCCCGAAGAUAUUUCCAAAGCAAUUUUCCAAUAUGUUAAUGCGAACGUGAGCAAAGGCCAUGAAGUGAAUGUAGAUGAAUUUCAAAAUAUUGUCGGUAGUAUGUGUUGCACUAUUCGUGGGAAAUUUAAGACUAAGGAAAAAGAAAAAAAAGAUUGA